CUCGAAUUUUUUAUAAAUCUCACAACAAAUUAGAAGAAAAUUCAAGUACACACAAACAUUUUAGAUUUCGCAACAUGUCGCAGGCACGUUUUUCGGACGAUGACGAGCUGCCAAAGCUGGAGUCAAUAAUCAAUGCGCUGAAGUGUGAACAGACCGGCCACAUCAUGGAGGCAAUUCUGCUGUACGAGGAGAGCAUCUACAAGCUGAAUCAGAUGGCCACCGCCGAGCCAAACAAGAAGCAGCUCUGCGGCAAGUAUUUAAAGAUGUAUGAGGCGCGAGCCAAACAGUUGCGCGAUCAGGUGAAGACACAUCUGCAUUCAAGCAAGAUGCUGGAUCGCAUUAGCAUUGAGCGGGACGCACGGGGGCGCAGUUAUCAGCGCCUUUUUGGACCCUACCUGGAUGACAAUGUGAAGGAGGCGCAUCUGAAUGAGCCGCAUCUUACAGAGCAGAAUCAUUUCAAAAACUUGCUGAACUUCUUUGAGGUGCUGGUGAAGAACUGCCGCUAUCUAAAGUAUAUACGACUGACUACACGCCCGGAUCCGGUAGUGCCGCAAAAUCAGAUACACAUAUUGCAAAAGAUACGCGCCGAUCUCGGCACCGGAAACAUACACAUGAACUUUCAAUUGGACGAUACGCUUCACGAUCGCAAGAUUGUGCUUAGCUCGGGCGUGGUCAUUAAAAUAGGACGAGGAUUGCACUAUUUCGAGCCGCAGGACAAUGAAUACACCCUGGGUCAGUGCGACUUUGACUUCCGCAAGUGUUUAGCUACCGAGGUGGAUAUUUGGAAGUGUCGUGCAUUUGCAAAGAAGCCAAAGGAAUUGCGCGAUCGCGACGAAUACCACGAAUCGAGUCUGAAAGAGGAACACGACCGCUCCAGCGCCAUAGCACGCGCCUACUCCAGUGAAUAGAAGAAAAUGCUGUCAGAGAGAUUUGAUCUCGACCGCAGGACAUGCCAAUCAAAAUUCUAGUGCAAAACCGAAUAUUGUGGUAUUUAGAUGAGAAACAAUAAAUAUACAUAUACAACCAAAAAUCAAA